AUGACCGAACAAGCUCAGCAAAGGUACUACCAAUUGAGACAAGAGUACGGAGGUGUUCUUGGAAAAAUCACUGAAUUUGAAAGUGAAAAGCGAGAACAUUUGAUUGUGCUAGAAAAUCUUAGAAAGGUAGAGCCCACCAGAAGAUGCUGGAGACUUGUUGGGGAUGCAUUGGUAGAAAAGCAGGUAUCCGAAAUCAUUCCAGCCCUUGAACAGCAAUGUGGAAACAUGGACCAAGUGAUGGAAGCACUUUUCAAGAAGCUUAAAGAAACUGAGGGAGAGUUAAGACAGCUUGAACAACUUUUAGGAGUGAAAACUGAUAUAAAACAAACUGAGCCACAACCAACUCAGCAAAAAUCUUCAGGAGUACUAGUUAGUUCUUAA